AUGGCUCCAAAUUAUGCUUGUAGAAAAGUUUUUUCUGAAAAUCAAGAAAAAGCCCUAGCCGAUUACGUAUUAACUUGCUCAAAAAUGUGUUACGGACAAACGGUCAUUAAUACCAGAAAACUGGCUUAUGAAAUGGCAAAUAAUAAUUGUAAAAUUCCGGAAAAUUGGCAAACAAACAAGGAAGCUGGACGCGAAUGGUUCCUUGGAUUUAUGUCCAGACAUGCAGAAUUAAGUCUUCGCCAGCCGGAAGGAUGUAGCCUCUCCAGAGCGACAUCAUUCAACAAACACAAUGUUGGACUUUUUUUUCAAAAAUUUGGAAAAAGUGUUUCAGAACCAUGGAAAUUUUUGCAGCGGUAUAAGAAUUUAUAA